GAUACCCUCAGCUGCGACUUACAAGAACGUAAACAAAUGCUCCGGGUUAUGGCUGAUUCCGAAGUCGCCAAGGCACUUCUUAGUGUCAUUGAGCGAGUAAAUGUCGCUACCAAGGCGAGAAGUCCUGAAAUCGCAGCCUUGUGUAAACAACCGAGGCUCGUGGCAGUCAGCAAGACUAAGCCAAAGGAAAUGAUCAUAGAAGCCUAUUCAGCAGGACAAAGACACUUCGGAGAGAAUUACGUCCAAGAGUUGGUUGAAAAAGGACACGACGAAGAAAUAAUAGAGAAAUGUCCUGAGAUUAAAUGGCACAUGAUCGGACACCUGCAGAGCAAUAAAGUGAACAAGGUUAUUGGAAUCCCAAAUUUAGAAUGUGUUGAGACUGUUGACACAGCCAAGUUAGCAACAACGCUUAAUAAUGCUGUCCAGAAACAUGGCUUGGACAGAAAAUUAAAAGUGUUUGUUCAAGUUAAUACAAGUGGAGAAGAACAAAAGAGUGGUGUUCACCCUGACAAGGUUUAUGAAUUGAUGGACCACGUUACAAAGCAUUGUCCGCACCUGAACCUGCUUGGACUCAUGACCAUCGGGGCUUUUGACCAUGAUCUCUCUCAGGGACCAAAUCCAGAUUUCCAGACUUUGCUGAAAACCAGAGCUACAGUUUGUGAGACCCAGUGUAUAGAACCACAGGAUGUAGAAUUGUCUAUGGGGAUGUCAAAUGACUUUGAACAUGCUAUCCUAGUUGGAAGCACCAAUGUUCGAGUGGGCAGCACAAUCUUUGGAGCACGGAAUUACAAGAAGUAACAAUGAAUAGGAGAUCACAAUUGUAGUACAUCUGUGUAUCAAGUUAUUCAUACAAAAUAGAUCAUACAAAUACAGGAAAUUAUGGAUAGAUUAUCCUUUACUGUUUUAAUCUUUUUGUAUAUAACUGAAGUUGGCUUAUACUUUUUCAAUAUCGAUACUUGAGUUUUUGUAUUGAGUUUUUGUAAGUUUUGAUGCAUCACAAAGUAUGGUUGUACUAUAUUAAAUAGAUUUACCUUAUAAUGUAUAGGAAAAUGUUAUAUAUCAAUUUCUUUGUAUCAGGUGAACAGUGUUCAUUGUAACAAAUGUAUUAAAGCUAAGAAUGAGAAUGAGUAUAUAUGAGCAAGAGAUGCAUUUGACUGGCUUCAAUUAUAUGUUUGUCAGAAAUAUAUGCAUUUGCUGACAAAAUAUUAUAAUAACCUGUCAAAUACAUUUCUUGCACUGUGAAGAUACUCAUUCUCAUUCAUACCUUUUCUGCAUUUAUAUCAGAUACUUUUCCCUUGAAAGAAAAAAAUUAUUUGUAGACUA